AUGGCAUAUUCCUUCGCACUCCCUCGAAUUUCCACGGGCCACACACGAUCCCCGUCCCCACAUCCAUUGACACCUCUUGGCCUCGACCCUAUGCUCACAUCCAUAUCAUUCCCAAUCCCGAUACCAAACAAACACCUUCCAAUCUGUCCUCCGGGACCCGCCCCCUCAGAAAAGCCCGAUACGCCGCCUCAAUCCCCGCCUCAAGCCAAAGGCCCAACGCUUCAGUCGUCUCUCCUCUAUCCGCCCGAUAACUACACGUCUCGGAAAUUGGGUUCCUCGACCAUAUACGAGAUUGAUGCGGAUGAAGUGGCGGCUGCUCUCGAACACAUUGCAGGGCAACCACUGCCAGAUCCAACCCAGGUCUUCCCUUGGUUCCAUGGCCUUCAUCGAUGCAAUUACACCCAGCGAGCCUUCUUUCUUGCCAAGCGCAAGACCUUGAGGAGGGCACCCAAAUGUUGGCGUGGCCUGACGGUAGUGAAGGCUGGUGGAGAUUUGAGCUGCUCGAGGCUGAAGGGUGCGGUUGCUCCCGAGGAGUUCUUGCUGCAGGAUGCCGAUGGAGUCGAGCUCCGGGAAGCUGAUCCAAGGGAAGGGUUCUCGUGCCGCAACUUCCAGAUACAAACCGCAAAAGCAGCAACGCUUUCGGACAUUUUGGUGUACGGAGAAGAUUCAUUGGCAGUAGAGAGACUGGCGCAGGAUAUCGCAGCCGCUCAAAAUCUAUGGCGGGAAACCCACGAGGAGAAGGGCCACGAAAUCCCGAAGUACAACACCUUUGUCUGCACAAGCCCGUUCGAGGUAUUCGAGCAGAAAUAUCCAGAAAUCGUGUAUACGGAUUCCAGAGGUCAGAUGACGGGGAAAGUGAUGGAUUUCUUCCAUCAGGAGAGAACCGAGAUGUGCACAAUGACUAAGGCCUCGGAAAUCCACCAUAAUGUUUGGUUAGGACCUACACCGGACCCGGCGAUAGACCGGGCUCUACAUGGGGGUGAUGAGCAGUUUGAUAUCCUCAUCGAAUGCAGUGACGUCGGGCGGCUCAAUCCAUCUUCCUUGCAAGCACUUGCAGAGCGCUCAUCAGACGGCGGUCCAGCACAUCUUGAAUUCCCUUCUUCAGGGAGCAUCAUGCCUCCGACUUGGUCUCACAGCGAAGCGGAUGGUAUCCUCGAAACAUGCAAAUGGCUCUACAACCUCUCUCACGGUAUCACUCCCCUUUUGCACUCGCAAAAGGUCGAUGGGGAAGGUGACUCUCCGAUGCCUUCUCCUUCCGGCCCUUCCAAGAUACGAGAGAGAAAGAUUCUGAUUCACUGCACGGAUGGUUACACCGAAUCAACGCUUCUCGCGCUAGCCUAUUUUACCUAUGCUACUGGACUUCCUGUCCCGUCGGCUUGGCUGGACCUCCAUGUUAACAAACACCGUAAUUUCUUCGCUUACCCCUCGGAUGUUGCUCUUCUUACCAGCAUUGCCCCUCGGUUACUUUCCGAAUCUCCAGUAAACUCCGAAAAAUCGCUCUCGGAUAUCACCGAGCUUGCAAAUGAGGAGCCAGAGUGGAUUAAGAAAAUGGACGGAUCUCUUCCUAGCAGGGUAACCGACUACAUGUAUCUCGGAAACCUUGGGCAUGCGAACAAUCCAGAUCUCUUGCGAAGGAUGGGCAUCGGCCAAGUCCUGAGUGUGGGUGAAAGGGUUACGUGGACAGAUGGGGAGUUGGAGGACUGGGCGAAGGGCGAUUUGAUGACUAUCCGGCAUAUACAAGACAAUGGUGUCGACCCCUUGACGGACGAGUUUGAGCGGUGUCUGCAAUUCAUUGACCGCGGCAAAGCCAAAGGCACAGCAACACUCGUCCACUGCCGGGUAGGCGUCUCCCGCUCUGCAUCAAUCUGUAUCGCAGAAAUCAUGCGAACACUAGGAUAUUCCUUCCCACGAGCCUACUGCUUCGUGCGUGCCCGCCGCCUGAACGUCAUCAUCCAACCCCAUCUCCGUUUCUCCUAUGAGCUUCUCAAAUGGGAAGAGAAUAUGCAACGCAACUCCAACAGCGAAGGACGUUUUCGUAGAGAAAUGGAGUGGCCGGAAAUCGCACGGGAGAUCGCUGCGAUGAACAAGCCCUAUGCGAGGUGA